AUGUCCACCACAGUUGGGACUCCCCCAUCCAUGCCCGUCUCCGUCGCCCCCGACUCCAACUGGCAGACAACCGCCCCAGUACCAUUGACCAGAAGGUCAUUUCUGGACGUGUUAGCAGGAACGCUGCCUGUGAUCAAAGUCCCCCACUUUAUUUCCAGCGAGUUGUCCGAGAAGAUUGUUCAGCAGCUGCAGCCCCGAUUUACCCCCUAUCUGCAUGCGACCGGCCCUCCCGUCGAUAAGGUGGGCGUCGCCCAGUUUGAAUUCCAGGCCCAGUCGGAGGAGGACAUGAAAUCUCGCCGGGGCGAUGAGAAACAACGCUACCUUGACGAAGUCAAGAAGGUUGCCUCCCUGCAUGACGAUCUCUCCGCUGCCGUUGGCACCAACGUGUGGCAGAAGGUCAUUGAUACACUCGCCACACUGGUCCCCGAGUGGGAUGUCGAAGUCGCCCGCGAGCCAUCAUGCGGCGACCACCAGUACUACAGCGGCAUCUUUCGCAAGAUCAACCAUGGGACGCCCCCUCAUUGCGACUGGUGUCCGUACGAUGUUCCCGCCGAAGAGGGCUGGAUUCUGUCCAAAAUCAGCUGCCAGGCGGUCUUUAAUCUCUAUCUCACUCCCGCGACGACCGGAGGCCGCACCACGAUCUACGAUGUGCAGUGGACCGAGGAUGCACUGCGGUAUCGCGACCCGGAGAGUUAUGGAUAUUCGCGAGCACUCGUGGACGGCCAUGCCCAGUGCAGCUUUGACGUCGAAGUCGGUCAGUUGUGCAUCUUCAACUCGCGGAACAUGCACGAGGUCGCGCCUGUUGGAGACCAGAACGCCCCACGAAUUGCUCUGGCAAGUUUUAUAGGGCUCCUGCCGAGUGAGGUGACCGGAGGGAAGCCACGAUUAAUUUUCUGGUCGUAG